AUGGCCCUGUCCAUGCUGUCCCAACAAAUGACCUCGCUUGCUGACCUAUCCCAGGAUGUGACCUUGACCCCUGACUCCCGACCCCUGGGUCUGUCCCAGGACAUGACCCCUGACUCCCGACCCCUGGGUCUAUCCCGGGAUGUGACCCCUGACUCCCGACCCCUGGGUCUAUCCCAGGAUGUGACCUUGGCAGUUCUCCCCAGACUGUACAUGGAGGAAGUGGUGUCUGAACUGGGCAGGAGAAACAUCAGCACCGGGGACGUCCACAACAAGGAGCUGCUGGUGGCUGUGCUCAGGGUCGUCUUGGAGAAGGAAUACUGUGGGACAGGGGUGACGUUUGAAAAGGCAAACAUCGUUGUUUCAAAGUCAAGUCAAGGGAAAAUGUCAGCGACGUUGAGUGGACAGGCACGGGUCGAUGUUUCAGGACUGAGUCUUGGAUCAGGUGCAGGAGCUGGUAAGGCUGGAAAAACAACAUCACAAUCCCAAGAGUCAGCUACCACAGCACAUCCUCAUGUACCAAACAAACAACCUGUUCAACAACAGACUGCUCCUACCACAGCACCUGUACCUGAUAGAAAUGGUACCACCUGUACCCCAGCACCAGUCCAACAAUGGACAACACCUGCACCUGACCAACAAUGGACCGCCCCUACCACAACGCCUGCACCUGAUAAAAAGGGUACCAGCUGUACUCCAACACCUGCACCUGUCCAACAAUGCACUACCCCAGCACCUGCACCUGUCCAACAUUUCACCACCUCCUCAGCACCUGCACCUAUCCAACAAUGGACAACACCUGCACCUGAACCACAGUGGAUCACCCUUUCCCCAACACAAAUGGUACAGUCCACUAUGGCAGAGGUGGACAGCUUUAUCGAUGGAGGUUCCUGGUCAUCCUCAGACUCAGAGGAGGUUGACAUGGUCCAGAUUCCACAGGGACAAACAAAGAAAGGUGGCACCAAACAGAUGAAACAAUGUCCUCAUUGUGAGUUUACAUCACAGGAUUCUUCUAACUUCAGAAAUCAUGUCCUCACACACUCCAACAAGAAACCAUUCAAAUGUUCUCAUUGUGACUAUGCAACAAAAACAAGAGCUUGCCUUCGUAGUCACAUGCGUAUCACACAGGAGAGAAGCCCUACAGUUGCAAGACUUGCGAUUUCAGAACAGCUUACCACACAGCCUUCAAAAGUCACCAGAAAACCCACACAGGAGAGAAGCCGUACAUGUGUGAGAUGUGCGGAUACAGGGCUGCUAUGGCGGCUUCUCUACGCAGUCACAUCUCUUUGGUACACUCCACAGAAGCAAUCAAGUGUCACAUCUGAGGGUAUGUGACAACAAAAUCUUCCUUUCUGGAAACCCACAUGAAAACCCACACUGGAGAGUUACCAUACAGGUGUGACUUCGAAGGCUGCAACUUUACGGCUAUAAAACAGCGGGUCUUUCAGCUGCACAAGAAAGUCCACACGAAAGAGGAACCACUUGCCUGUGAUCAAUGUACUUAUACAACCCACAACAAGUACAAUUUGAAUAAUCAUAUGAGAAAUCACACUGGUGAAAAACCCUAUGCCUGUGACCAGUGUGACUACAGAUCAAAAGAUUCAUCUGGACUCCGACGACAUAAGUUCAAACACACAGGAGAGAAACUCUGGCCGUGUGAAGUCUGUGGUCGACAAUGUUUUUCUGAAGCCCUUUUAGAGAAGCACAAGAAACAGCACAGUCGUGAGCAGGGGGUAUUUACCUGCAAAGAGUGCAACUACAGAACAUUUGAUUGCAGGGCAAUGGAGCAGCACAACGUAGUCCAUACUGGUGAGAAGCCGUACGCCUGUGACCAGUGUGACUACAGAGCAGCUUUACCAGCAACCUUGAGGAUACACAUGAGGACACACAGUUCA